UGGAGAAUCCACACAGGGGAGAAUCUGUACGAGUGCCUGGUUUGUGGCAAGAACUUCAUUCAGAGCUCGCACCUCACUUCGCAUCUAAGAAUCCACACUGGGGAGAAACCGUUUCAGUGCUUGGAGUGCGGAAUGAGCUUCAAAUGGAAUGAGCAACUUCGUUCACAUAAAAUAGUUCACACGGGCAAGAAACCGUACCAAUGCAUGGAGUGCGGGAAGAGCUUCAUUCGCAGCACGCACCUUACUUCACAUCAGCUAAUCCACACAGGAGAAAAACCAUACAAAUGCAAUGAAUGUGGAAAGAGCUUCAUCCGAAGUACCGAGCUCACUAUCCAUCAGAGAAUUCACACAGGAGAGAAGCCAUAUCAGUGCUUAGAGUGUGGGAAGAGUUUCUCUCAAAGCACAAACCUCACUUCACACAAAAGAAUCCACACUGGGGAGAAACCACACAAAUGCCUGGAGUGUGGGAAGAGCUUCACCCAGAGAUCCAACCUUAUUUCCCAUGAAAGAAUCCACACAGGAGAGAAACCCUUUGAAUGCCUGGAGUGUGGAAAGCACUUCCGACAAACAACACACCUUAUAUCUCAUGCAAGGAUUCAUACGGGGGAGAAACCAUACCAGUGCUUAGAAUGUGGGAAGAGUUUUAGUCAGAGCACAACCCUUAGUUUGCAUCAAAGUAUUCACACUGGGGAGAAACCAUAUAAGUGCUCAGAAUGUGGAAGAAGCUUCCACCAGAGGACAAAAUUAAUUACACAUCAAAGUGUUCACACAGGGGAGAAACCAUUUAAAUGCCUGGAGUGUGGGAAAAGCUUCAGCCAGAGUGCAUAUCUCAUCAGACAUCAAGGAACCCACACAGGGGAGAAACCAUACAAAUGCUUGGAACGUGGGAAGAGGUUCAGCCAGAGUGUAAAGCUUGCUUCACAUCAAAGAACCCACACUGGGGAGAAGCCAUUUAAAUGCUUGGAGUGUGGGAAAGGUUUCACACAGAGCACAGGUCUCAUUAGGCAUCAAGGAAUCCACACUGGGGAAAAACCAUUUAAAUGUCUGGAGUGUGGGAAAGGCUUCACUCAGAGUGCUGAUCUGAUUAGACAUAAAAAAAUCCACACAGGGGAGAAACCAUUUAAAUGCUCCGAGUGUGGGAAGAACUUCUCACAGAGUAGAUAUCUUAAUUCCCACCAAAGAAUACACAUAGGGGAGAAACCCUACAAAUGCUUAGAGUGUGGGAAGAGCUUCUAUCAGAGCAGAGAUCUUACUUCACAUCAUAGAAUCCACACAGGGGAGAAACCAUAUAAAUGUUCAAUGUGUGGGAAAAGCUUCUCGCAGAGUCGAGUUCUUAGCUCACACCAAAGAAUUCACAGUGGAGAGAAAUCAUUUAAAUGUUUGGAGUGUGGGAAAAGCUUUUUUGCACAGGCAAAGCUAAUCAAUCAUCAAAGAAUCCACACAGGGGAAAAACCAUAUAAAUGCUUGGAGUGCGGGAAGGGCUUCAGUCAAAAGAUAAACCUUACUUCGCAUGAAAGAAUCCACACUGGGGAGAAACCGUAUAAAUGCUUAGAUUGUGGGAAAAGUUUCUGCCACAGCUCAGGCCUGAGGUCCCAUCAAAGAAUCCACACAGGGGAGAAACCAUUUAAAUGCUCAGAAUGUGGAAAAAGUUUCAGUCACAGGAUAAAUCUCAUGUCACAUGAAAAAAUCCACACGGGAGAAACCAUACAAAUGCCUGGAGUGUGGGAAGAGUUUCUGCCAGAGCUCAGGCCUUAAGGUACAUCAAAAUAUUCACACCAGAGAGAAAUC